AUGAGCUCUAUCGGUUCCAAUCAUAAAAAUUUUUACACAUACCCUCACUCACCCUCAUGGUUUGCAUUGUGUCAACAAGAUCGAUUAAUUCGUGUUGAUAUAAUGCCACGAUUUGAUUUGGAGAAAGUUACAUAUCAAAUGCAAGAAAAACUUUAUAAAGAUUUAAUCAAAACAUUUGUUGAACUGAUCAUAAAAGCAAUUGAUGAAGAUAAUGCAGACGGUAAAAUUUCCAUGCAUAUGGCAGCACAUCUAGCUGCUGAUGUAUCUGAUACUGAACGUGAUGGACUUUUAGCUAUUAUCACACAAAAUAAUAAGAUAACUGUUAUCAUAUGA